AUGACCCUACUUCGUUCGGCUUGUCAGAAUCCAGCACCUCCUACACAGUCAGACAUGGCACCCCAUCACCUGGAUCUGGAGAGUCUCAUCCUACAGAAUUGUCGUGCCUUCGUCGGGAGCUCAGAUGCCGAGUUCGAUGUUCUAACCCGGAUCGACCCAAGUGAACAGUGGUAUGCCUUUGUUCUAAAGACAGAAGGUGGAAAGCGCACCAAGAUCUUGGAGAACAAAGCAUCAAGGCCCGAGCGAGCCAUCGAACUGCUUCACGAGGCUUCGGCGCGUAUGGUUGAUCAAUAUGUAACCUGCCAUGGCUACGAUCUCCCUCCCAGUACCAGUUCCAAGACCGCAACUGGUAUACGUGGAGGCGAUCUGGUAAAACCAGAUGUCAUUGCUUGCGGUUCUUCUGACAGCGAGGCAUUUGCGUCUGACUCUGACGAUUCUGUGCUCCCUCCUCGACGGUCUCAUCGUCGUGGGCAUCGCAGUGGUCGAGGAGCAAGCGAAGCGGCCAACACACGCCUUGAUCGAACAGAAACGCAAUCGGCCAGUGACAGCGACGAGGCAACCCAUCGCCGUACUCCUCCAUGGGGGAUGAGCGUUACCCAAAGGCCAGCUAUCCACACACAUAACUACCCUCAGGCAUGGGGUCAUCCGAUGUCACUUGGUCCAGCACCAAUGCCUCCUCCCAUCUCAAGCGGCCGACCAGUUCCGGGGAUAGUUCCCCAACCCCCCGGCAGAGCCAUUCCUAUUCCUCCUCAAUUAGCGGCUGGUAAGACGUAUGCUGCACGUCUCAAUAUCAACUGGCCUGGUAAUGGCAAGCGAAAUAUACUUGCCAAUGUCUCACCAACGGUCCAGUGCCUGCAACAAGUUGCGGUACAUGAGGUGGUGAUGCGCCCUCUCAAUUCAUCUACGCCACCAUGCCAUCCUUUCCCUAUCGGCCGUGGAAACAACAGUGUUCCUCCAGUCAGAGCCACAAUCCGCCGUGUUACAUUGGGAGAAGACGACACGUACGAGAUGACGGCUUUUGGGAACGACCUGACGGCCUUGUUCCGUAGCACUUCGAGCAUUCCCAAGUUUGAGAUUGAACUCAUCGCAGCAAAUGUCGUCUCGACUUUCCCCCCGAUGCCGCCUCCGCGCCCUGCGUCGGCUGCUUCUUCACGCAGCAGCAUUGCAGACUAG